UGUAAAAUAACCGACCAAAUGCAUCGAUUCAGACGCCUAGUACUCAUCAACUCGUAGAAAAGUAGAUUAGCCACUUACUAUUUAUGUGAUUCACAUUUGUUCAACGCUUUCGGAGGAGAUUGUUGGGAGAGGACUGGGGAGGCCAUGGAAGGAAACAAAGGUAAAGUUUGUGUAACAGGUGGUACUGGGUUUAUAGCUUCAUGGAUGAUUAAGAGACUCCUUGAGAAUGGCUACUCUGUCAGUACCACCAUAAGACCUGACCCAGAACAUAAGAGAGAUAUCAGCUUCCUCAAAAAUCUACCUGGAGCGUCUCAAAAGCUCCGAAUCUUUGAAGCGGAUCUCAGUCAUCCAGGCAGUUUUGAUGAAGCCAUUGAAGAAUGUAUUGGAGUUUUUCAUGUUGCUACCCCUGUUGACUUUGAAAACAAAGAGCCUGAAGAAGUCGUGACCAGAAAAGCAAUUGAUGGAGCAUUAGGAAUCUUAAAGGCAUGCUUGAAAUCAAAGACAAUAAAGCGAAUUGUGUACACUUCGAGUGCUUCUGCAGUAGUUCUUAAUGGCAAGGAGGAGGACGUUAUGGAUGAAAGGUAUUGGACUGAUGUAGAUUAUGUUAAAUCUGUAAGAGAAUACGGAAGAUCCUACUUCAUUUCCAAGACAUUAACUGAGAAAGCGGUUCUUGAAUUUGCUGAAGAACAUGGAUUGGAUCUCGUGACAGUAAUUCCUUCUUACGUUGUUGGUCCAUUUAUUUGUCCUAAGUUGCCUGGAUCAGUGUGGACAACACUGGCGUUGAUCUUCGGUGAAACGAGUCAGUAUCCCGCUCUCUUUAAUCCGUGUAUGGUGCAUGUAGAUGAUGUGUCUAGGGCACACAUGUUUCUUCUUGAAACUCCAAAUGUGAAAGGGAGGUAUAAUUGUUCCUCCCAUACAGUAACGAUUCUGGAGAUGGCUUCAUUUCUUUCUGCCAAGUACCCGGAGUUCCCGAUACCAACCAUAGAAUCUCUGAAGGAAAUUAAAGGUCCUAAAUUGCCAAUUUUGUCAUCAAAGAAACUCUUGGAUGCUGGUUUCAAGUUUGAGUAUGGACUGGAUGAAAUGUUCGAUGACGCAAUCCGAUGCUGCAAAGAAAAGGGGUAUCUGUAAUGGAUAUGUGAGCAUAUAUAUAUAUGUAUGUAUAUAAAUCUUGUGAUGUAAUCGUGCGACGUUUAGUGUCUGAGUCCUCACUUUCCAGCACGUGUCAUUAUUGACAUGACUAUGAAAAAACUACAUGGGCUUU